AUGGCUGUAGAACAAGAGGCUAAAGAAACAGUUUCUAAAGAGCUGCACAGCCCCUCUGAGCUGAGGAUCGUGCUGCUUGGGAGACAGUGCGCUGGGAAGAGUUCAUCAGGAAACACCAUCCUGGGCAGAGUUGUAUUUGGCUGCUCUGCAGCAAUGGAGGAGUUCCAGCAGCUGUUCGGCAAGAGAGCUGUGAGGAACACGAUGAUCCUUUUCACCUGUGGGGAUGAUCUGAAAGACAGGACGAUUGAGCAGUACAUUGAGGAAGCUGGUGAUGAGCUCCAUCAGCGUGUUGAGAAAUGUGGGAACAGACAGUGUAGGAGAGAAGAGGAGCUGAAACAGAAAUAUGAGGAGGAACAGUGUAGGAAAGAAGAGGAGAUAAAACAGAAAUAUGAGGAGGAACAAUGUAGGAGAGAAGAGGAGAUGAAACAGAAAUAUGAGGAGGAACAGAGUAGGAGAGAAGAGGAGCUGAAACAGAAAUAUGAGGAGGAACAGUGUAGGAAAGAAGAGGAGAUGAAACAGAAAUAUGAGGAGGAACAAUGUAGGAGAGAAGAGGAGAUGAAACAGAAAUAUGAGGAGGAACAGUGUAGGAAAGAAGAGGAGAUGAAACAGAAAUAUGAGGAGGAACAAUGUAGGAGAGAAGAGGAGAUGAAACAGAAAUAUGAGGAGGAACAGAGUAGGAGAGAAGAGGAGAUGAAACAGAAAUAUGAGGAGGAACAGUGUAGGAGAGAAGAGGAGAUGAAACAGAAAUAUGAGGAGGAACAGAGUAGGAGAGAAGAGGAGCUGAAACAGAAAUAUGAGGAGGAACAGUGUAGGAGAGAAGAGGAGCUGAAACAGAAAUAUGAGGAGGAACAGUGUAGGAAAGAAGAGGAGAUGAAACAGAAAUAUGAGGAGGAACAAUGUAGGAGAGAAGAGGAGAUGAAACAGAAAUAUGAGGAGGAACAGAGUAGGAGAGAAGAGGAGCUGAAACAGAAAUAUGAGGAGGAACAGUGUAGGAGAGAAGAGGAGAUGAAACAGAAAUAUGAGGAGGAACAAUGUAGGAGAGAAGAGGAGAUGAAACAGAAAUAUGAGGAGGAACAGUGUAGGAAAGAAGAGGAGAUGAAACAGAAAUAUGAGGAGGAACAAUGUAGGAGAGAAGAGGAGAUGAAACAGAAAUAUGAGGAGGAACAGUGUAGGAGAGAAGAGGAGAUGAAACAGAAAUAUGAGGAGGAACAAUGUAGGAGAGAAGAGGAGAUGAAACAGAAAUAUGAGGAGGAACAGUGUAGGAGAGAAGAGGAGAUGAAACAGAAAUAUGAGGAGGAACAGAGUAGGAGAGAAGAGGAGAUGAAACAGAAAUAUGAGGAGGAACAGUGUAGGAGAGAAGAGGAGCUGAAACAGAAAUAUGAGGAGGAACAGUGUAGGAGAGAAGAGGAGCUGAAACAGAAAUAUGAGGAGGAACAGUGUAGGAAAGAAGAGGAGAUAAAACAGAAAUAUGAGGAGGAACAAUGUAGGAGAGAAGAGGAGAUGAAACAGAAAUAUGAGGAGGAACAGAGUAGGAGAGAAGAGGAGCUGAAACAGAAAUAUGAGGAGGAACAGUGUAGGAAAGAAGAGGAGAUGAAACAGAAAUAUGAGGAGGAACAAUGUAGGAGAGAAGAGGAGAUGAAACAGAAAUAUGAGGAGGAACAGUGUAGGAAAGAAGAGGAGAUGAAACAGAAAUAUGAGGAGGAACAAUGUAGGAGAGAAGAGGAGAUGAAACAGAAAUAUGAGGAGGAACAGUGUAGGAGAGAAGAGGAGAUGAAACAGAAAUAUGAGGAGGAACAGUGUAGGAAAGAAGAGGAGAUGAAACAGAAAUAUGAGGAGGAACAAUGUAGGAGAGAAAAGGAGAUGAAACAGAAACAUGAGGAGGAACAGUGUAGGAGAGAAGAGGAGCUGAAACAGAAAUAUGAGGAGGAACAGUGUAGGAGAGAAGAGGAGCUGAAACAGAAAUAUGAGGAGGAACAGUGUAGGAAAGAAGAGGAGAUAAAACAGAAAUAUGAGGAGGAACAAUGUAGGAGAGAAGAGGAGAUGAAACAGAAAUAUGAGGAGGAACAGAGUAGGAGAGAAGAGGAGAUGAAACAGAAAUAUGAGGAGGAACAGUGUAGGAAAGAAGAGGAGAUGAAACAGAAAUAUGAGGAGGAACAAUGUAGGAAAGAAGAGGAGAUGAAACAGAAAUAUGAGGAGGAACAAUGUAGGAGAGAAGAGGAGAUGAAACAGAAAUAUGAGGAGGAACAGUGUAGGAGAGAAGAGGAGAUGAAACAGAAAUAUGAGGAGGAACAGUGUAGGAAAGAAGAGGAGAUGAAACAGAAAUAUGAGGAGGAACAAUGUAGGAGAGAAGAGGAGAUGAAACAGAAAUAUGAGGAGGAACAGAGUAGGAGAGAAGAGGAGAUGAAACAGAAAUAUGAGGAGGAACAGUGUAGGAGAGAAGAGGAGAUGAAACAGAAAUAUGAGGAGGAACAGAGUAGGAGAGAAGAGGAGCUGAAACAGAAAUAUGAGGCGGAACAGUGUAGGAGAGAAGAGAUGAAACAGAAAUAUGAGGAGGAACAGUGUAGGAAAGAAGAGGAGAUGAAACAGAAAUAUGAGGAGGAACAAUGUAAGAAAGAAGAGGAGAUGAAACAGAAAUAUGAGGAGGAACAGUGUAGGAGAGAAGAGGAGAUGAUGGAGAAGUUGAAGCAAAAGAAGGAAGAGCAGCUGGAGAAAAAGUCAGAGGAAUCCAAGCUGCCGGUCAGGAGAAGACACAGCAUUGAUAGACUACGUCCCAAUUUUUCCAUGGGUGAAGGAGAGGCUACCCUUGAAGAUAACCAAGUGCCUCCCAGCCCCCCUGAGCUGAGGAUGGUGCUGCUUGGGAAAACUGGGGCUGGGAAGAGUGCAGCAGGAAACACCAUCCUGGGCAGAGAGGAGUUUAGAUCUGAAGCCAGCUCCUCUGCAGGAAUGAGGGAGUGUGAGAAGAGAAAUGGACAAGUGGCUGGGAGACGUGUUGCUGUGAUCGACACUCCAGAGCUCUCUCAGGACAAACUCCAGAUUAGGAGCUGUGUUUCUCUGUCUGCCCCGGGACCCCAUGCUUUCCUCCUGGUGAUACCGGUGAACCAAUUUACAGAGAAAGAGAGGAGAGCAAUGGAGACAAUCCAGGAGAUAUUCAGUGAGGAGGCUGUAAGGAGGUACAUGAUUCUCCUUUUUACACAUGGUGACAAACUGAAAGGCAAGAUCAUUGAGGAUUAUAUUCAGACUGGCAGUAAGGAGCUCCAGCAGCUUGUUGAGAAAUGUGGGAACAGGUACCAUGUUUUCAACAAUGAGAACACGAGCGAUCACACUCAGGUCAUACAGCUCCUGGACAAGAUAGACAACAUGGUGAAGGAAAACAAUGACAGCUACUACACCAGUGAGAUGUACCAGCAAGCAGAAACAAAGAUCAGACAAAGACAAGAGGAGAUACUGAAGGAGAAGGAAGAGACAAUAUUGAAGGAGGAAGAGGAACUGAAGGCAAAGCACCUGAAAGAACUCGAGAACAUGAGAAGGAAGAUGAGAUUGGAAAUCCAGAAACGAGACGAGAAGAUCAGAGAGCUGGAGGAGAGGAUCAGAGAGCUGGAGGAAGAGCUGAGGAAAGAACAGGGAGAGAGUCACAUGAUCAAACUCCAGGAAGAGCUCAGGAGAACAAGAAAGGAGAAAGAAAGGGAGGCGCGAGAUAAGGAGGAGUGCAUCAAGAAGGGGGGGAGAGAGAGGGGAGAGUACAAGGAGAAACACAGGAGAGAGAUGGAGGCAGUCAGGCAGCGCUACGUGGAAAUCAUUAGACCAGAAGCAGAAAGAUCCAAUGGGUUUAUAAGCACAUAUGAAAAGCCAGCUGAAGCGAGAGGAGAAAGAGCAGCACUAGGGGCAGUGAUCAGUGCAGUAGCAGGAGCACUGAGAGAAGGGGCUGAGGUAGGGGCAGUAUUACACACAGUAACCAUAGCAAUAAGAGAAGAGACAAGAUUCGGGGCAGUAAUCCACGCUGCAAAGGAAGCAAUAAGAGAAGGACCAGCUCAAAGGUCAGUGAUCAGUGCAGUAACAAGAGCACUGAGAGAAGGGGCUGCGAUUGGUACAGUAUUGCACACAGUAGCAGAAGCAAUAGAGGCAGCACCACAGGAACCCCGUCAAGAACAGUAAGACGGGGUGGUGUUAUUGAAUAAUAUCUGAGCAAGAUUUAACUGUCCAUAUUCAGAAACAACAAUUGAGGUGCACUUCAGUGAAUAUGGCUAGUAGGAGCCAUACUUGGAACGCUUCAGUGAUCACAAACACUCAGGUGUUUUAUUCUUGAGAAUGAAUGGGCUGGUUUCAAUGCACUUCAAUGGGAUCAAAAACUGUGUGGAAACCAAUCAAACUGCAAAUCAACCUAUAUUCACUGUAACCACACUCACCUGGUACUAAUCACAACAGUAGAUCACCCAAUUAAAACGUAAAAAAAUAUAUAAAAUAAAAUAAAAAAUGUGAUAUCUGUAUAAUGUGAUAUCGUAUAACAAUUGUAAGUCGCCCUGCAUAAGGGUGUCUGCUUAGAAAUAAAUAAUAAUAAUAAUAAUUAAGAGCAAGAUAUAAAAUACAAUGACUUCAGCAAAUACAAAACAGAACAAUUUGAUAUCGAGCCAUUCAACAGCAGAUAACUGUAGAGUAGAUAUGAGUUCAAGUGAAAAACAAAAUACUACAGAUUAGAUUAAGCGCAGGAUUAACUACAGAGCAGAUAAAUGCAAGUUAAAGUGCAUUAAAGGCAGAGUGCUAUGUACAGCAGGAGGGGAGAGUUGAGUUUUACAGGUGUUGUCUGAAGAGGUGUGUCUUGAGGAGGUGCCGGGAGGUGGUCAUGGACUGGGCAGUCCUGACAUCCGUAGGAAGGUCGUUCCACCACUGCGGGGGGAGGGUGGAGAAGGAGCGGGCUUUGGAGGCCGGGGAGCGUAGAGGAGGUACAGUCAGUCUUCUAGUGCAGGCAGAGCAGGAGAGGUCAGGUGGGGGUGUAGGGAGAGAUGAGGGUCUGGAGGUAGUUGGGUGCAGUCUGGUCAAGCCAUCGGUAGGCAAGUACAAGAAUCUUUAACUGGAUGCGAGCGUUGAUGAGAAGCCAGUGGAGUUAGCAGAGUUUCCAGGAUGGAGUUGCAGUAGUCUAGGUGGGAGAGUACCAGGGCCUGGACGAGGAGUUACGUGUAGUAGUUGGUGAGGAAGGGUCGGAUUCUUCGUAUGUUGCUCAGGAAGAAAUCGGCAGGUGCUUGCUAGAGUGGAGCUGUGCUGGGACUAGGGAAGGCAGGGAUCCAGGGUUACUCCGAGGUUCUUGACUGAGGAGAAGGGAAAGAGUGUGGUGGAUUCCAAAGAAAUGGAGAUAGAGAGAUCAGAGGAGGGGAAGAAAAGGGGGUCAGAUUGAGAGGUUGAGUUUGAGGUGAUGUGAGUCCAUCCAGGAGGAGAUAGUAGACAGGCAGUUAGAGAUACAGGAAGGGAUGGUGGGGUCAGAAGGAAGAUAUGAGGAUCAUCAGCAUAGAAAUGGUAUGAGUAACCAUAGGAUGCGAUGAGGGGGCCCAGGGAGCAGGUGUAGAGAGAGAACAGGAAAAGAACCAAGACUGAUCCCUGGGGAACUCUGUUGACAGAGGGUGAGGUGUGGAGGUUGAGCCAUGCCAGGUUAUCUGGUAGACGCGGGCCGAGAGAUAGGAUGAGAACCAGGCCAGAGCAGUGCCAGAGAUUCCCAGGUCAGCGAGAGAGGAUAGGAGAACAGAGUGAUCGACAGUGUCAAAGGUAGCAGAGAGAUUGAGGAGAAUUAGGACAGAGGAGAGGCAGCACGGGCAGAGUUUAGCGAGUUAGUGACAGACCGGAGAGCAGUUUCAGUGGAGUGAGCAGAGCGGAAACCAGAUUGAAGAGGGUUUAGCAGAGAACUGGCGGUGUACUGCCCGCUCGAGGGUUUUAGAGAGGAAGGGUAGUUCUGGAGGGAGGUGGGGGUUGAGGGUAGGUUUUUUGAGGAGGGGGUUGAUAGAGGCUUGUUUGAAGGCAGAGGGAAAGAGACCAGAGAGGUGUUGAGAAGGGAGGAGAUGAAGGGGAGUAGAGAAGGAGCAGCAGUUAGUCUAGUAGUUAGUCUUCCAGAGCACUGCAAGGUUCGGAUUUUCUCCAACAGCCUCUCCUCUCGCACCCUCACUUUGCAAGGGAACUGGUCAACAGCUGCUAAACUGCGCUAAGACAAUACUUAAGCAAUACAAUCGUUUCAAUGCACUUCAAUGGGAUCAAAAACUGUGUGGAAACCAAUCAAACUGCAAAUCAACCUAUAUUCACUGUAACCACACUCACCUGGUACUAAUCACAACAGUAGAUCACCCAAUUAA